AUGGAGUGGGGACAGUACGGAGACAUCAAAAGAAUGCCCGAAAGUGUUAUCACGUCUCCGCCCGACCAAUCUUCAUGGUCCACGAAGAGCCCCUCGAAGAGGAGAACGUCGCUCCAGUCCCACAACCACAGCCAGCGCGGGGGUGGUUCGAAAGACGACGAAUUGGAUCCCCGGAUAGAAGAGGACAGGGCAUUAGAACCUAUGGAGGAGAUUGAAGAGGUGUGCAUCAGUGACACCAAUCCGACCAGAGUAAUCCGGGUAGGAAGAAAUUUGAAUCCGGAGUUCAGGGUUGCCAUAGUUGCCCGAGAAGCAGUGUUCCCCGUUUGGCUGCCAAACCCGGUGUUGGUGCCAAAACCAAACGGGAGAUGGAGAACUUGCAUAGACUUCACGGACCUUAACAAGGUGUGUCCAAAGGACUGCUUCCCUCUUCUCCGGAUAGACCAGAUGGUGGAUGCCACGUCCGGGUACAAGUUGCUAAGCUUCAUGGAUGCCUACUCCAGCUACAACCAAACUUUGAUGCAAGUAGCACACCAGGAACACACCAACUUCCAGACGGACAAGGGUGUAUACUGCUACAUUUUCAUGUCUUUCAGGCUAAAGAAUGCUAGAGCCAAAUUUCAAAGGCUUGUCAACAGAAUGUUCCGGAACCUACUGUUGUGA